AUGAUAGUCGACAACCAUGUCGAUGGAGGCCAGAUGGCGAAAGAACUGCUCAGCGUGUCCUCCGCACAUCAACUUUGGGACAAAUGGGAGGUGCAGUGCUUGGUCCUUGCCAGCUUCACCCUGCAGGCCUUCUUCCUGUUCGCCGCAGGCAUCCGGCGGCGCAACAAGUCCGCCGUGCUCCGCAUCCUGCUCUGGCUGGCGUACCUGUCGGCCGACUACGUGGCGGUCUUCGUCCUCGGGCACCUGACCAUGAAGAUGGACGACCCGCUGGUGCUGCUGUGGGCGCCCGUGCUGCUGCUCCACUUGGGCGGGCAGGAGACCAUCACGGCCUUCUCCAUGGAGGACAACGAGCUGUGGAAGCGCCACCUCCUGGGCCUCCUCACCCAGGUGGCGAUGGCCGUCUACGUGGUGGCCAAGUCCUGGCGCAGCAGCAACGGCGGGCUCCUUGUCGCCCCCGUCGCGCUCAUGUUCGUCUCCGGCACCGUCAAGUACGCCGAGCGGACAUGGGCGCUCAAGACGGCCACCUCCGACACCAUCAAAGACAGCCGCAUGAGCGACCUGUACGAAACCAUGAAGACGAGACAGGGCGAGCCUUCUGCUGCCGCCAGUUCGGCGGUCCGGAUCCAGAGGUACAACCAAGACAUUGUUGGCCGUCAGAAAUGGUGGCUCCAGGAGGAGUACGCCGACCUCGUGCAAGCGGCCGGCGACAGCUUCCCCAACUGCAUGAACGCGCUGAUGGACAUCCCUGUCUCGCCAUGGGUGCAGCCUCAUAUAUUGGGCAUGGCCGAAGAGAUCCAGAGCCUCCGUGGGCCGGCAGGUGCAGGCGGCAGCAGGGAGGACACGUUCCCGUCCAGGGCGUACAAGCUGGUCGAGAUCCAGCUCUCGCUCAUGUACGACCACCUCUACACCAAGGUUGGCCUGCGGUACGCCCAGCGUUGGCCGGUGGUCGGCCUCGGCCUGCCGCUCCUCACGUUCGCCACCACCUUGUCGGCUCUCGCGCUGUUCGCUGCGGCGGCGAGGAAGAAGGGCAGCGGCGCCGUCGACGUCGCCGUCUCCUACGUCCUGCUGGCCGGCGCCGUGGCGCUGGAGGUGCUUUCGAUCCUGACCGUCACGCUGUCCUUCCGCUCCUACUGCUUCCUGCGGGACAAGCUUGGCGCCGGCGGCAGGCUCACGCCGGCGGUCUUCUGGCUGGUCAGGUGCCUGAGACCCUACGACAAGCCGCUGUGGUCCAACAAGUGGGCGCAAUACAAUCUGCUCGCCGGAUGCAUCAAGGAGAAGCAAGCCGGCGUGUUCACGAGGGCGAUGCGUCGCGUCGGCCUGGCCGGGGACACCGAGCUCCGCCGCAUCUCUGACGAGACCAAGGCGCUCAUCUGCAACGAGCUGGACGACGAGCGGAGGCUGCACGUGUUCAGCCACGCCCGGGGCACGGCGAUCCUGUCGCUGAGUGGGCACGGGGUGGGCUCGCAGCUGCACAAGAGCAUCUCCAAGGUGGACUUCUCCACCAGCGUCGUCAUGUGGCACCUCGUCACCGACAUGUGCUUCUUCCUCGGCGGCGAGCCGGCUAGGGACGGCCGCCGGCACAUGGCUCUGGCACGGGAGGUUUCCAGCUAUCUCAUGGACCUCGUCAUGGAGCGGCGCGUGCUAAUCAGCAGCGAGGGCCACGUCGCGCACCGCAAGGCCCGCGACGAGGUGAAGCGGAUCCUGGAGGGGGCGAGGGUCGACGCGGCUGACGCCGACGCCAUGAGGAAGAUGCUCGAGGCCGGCGGGGGCGCGGUGCCGGAGGGGGUGGACUCGUACGAGUCCAUGCGGCCGGUGCUGCCCAGCGCGUGGAGGCUCGCGCAGCUGCUGCUCCAGCAGGACCGGAACACGGAGACAGGUGGCGGCGGCGGCGCUCCGUGGGAGAUGAUCGCGUCGGUGUGGAUCGAGAUGCUCUUCCACCUCGCCACGCGGUGUGAGGCCGGCUUCCACGCCAAAAAUCUCAGUACCGGCGGGGAGUUCAUCACUCAUGUCAGGUUCCUGCUCCACAAUCGGGGGAUCGGCUGGAACUUCAUCAUUGGCCGUUUAAAUUUACAGUCUCGCUAA